CGUCUGUUUAUAAACACGGAAUCCGCUGUUUGUAAACGGUCCGCAUUUUACCCUCACCCGUAAUCCUCAGUUUCGUAUCUGAUCCCGCUGGUGGUGGUACACCCUUUUCUUCAGUCUAUGAUCUCCGAAUGAAAUAAGAGUAAGACGUCAGCGCGUGAUCAAAGAUGACGGAAGAAGCAGGUACUCUUUCCCGUGCUAGGACGGUGGUACAGCAGUGUCUACAUGCUAGACUUCAGGUCAAGCCUGUGGAAGGGCAAUCUGAAGCGGAGUGGGUAGAGAUUCAGAGGGGAAUGGUGAUUUUUAUCUGCUUUUUCAAAGGAGCAGAAGAAGAUAUUAUUCCCAAAAUGGUGAACUCCCUGCUUAAUGUUAAGCUGUGUGAGACAGACUCUGGGAAAUACAUGUCUGUGUUGGAGUUGCCUGGAAGUGUACUCAUUGUGCCCCAGGCCACACUGGGAGGCAAAGCCAAAGGCCGAAGCAUGCAGUACCAUGGAAACAUUGGCAAAGAUGAUGGAUUGCGGCUAUACAACCAGUUUGUCUUGCAGUGUGAGAAAGGGAUGGCAGCAUCCAGCAAAUGUACUGAAGCAGGUAUUGUUGUAAAAUAUGGGACCUAUGGAAACAGACAAGUACUGAGCCUAGAUACCAAUGGACCC